AGCAAGAUGCUUCAGCUACAGCACAUCUGGGACUGCAUCCGCCAACAUGAGACCUGGCUGAGGUCUCCCUUUUUCCCCAUCCUGUUUUCUCUGACAGUCUAUCUAAGCUUCUGCCUGCCUUUUGUGGGGCUGGACCUUCUGUCUUCUCGUGUGGCAUUGGUGAGGAGAUAUAAGAUACAGGAGAAGAGCCAGGUGACCUUGAGAAUGAUGUGGAACUGCCUGGCGCUCUCACUCUACAACCACGCCAUCUACAUCUUUCCCCUGAGCGUGCUGCACUGGUACUGGAGGCCCAUCAGCUACCCAGUAGAGGCUCCGGCCAUCCUGGAGGUUAUAUGGGACCUGGCGUCCUGCCUGCUCCUCUUCGACUUCCAGUACUUCGUCUGGCACCUGCUGCAUCACAGGGUGACCUGGCUCUACCGCACCUUCCACAAGGUGCACCACAAGCACACGUCUACCUUCGCCCUUACCACGGAGUACUCCGGUGCCUGGGAGACGCUGUCGCUGGGACUUUUUGCAGCGCUGAACCCCAUGUUUCUGGGAUGCCACCCCUUCACAGAGAUGCUCUUCCACGUGUUGAACAUGUGGCUGUCAGUGGAGGAUCACUGCGGCUACGACCUUCCCUGGGCCACGCACAGGCUCGUGCCCUUUGGACUGUAUGGAGGGGCUCUCCAUCAUGACCUUCACCACCAGAAGUUCAAGACCAACUAUGCACCAUACUUCACCCACUGGGACAAGCUGUUUGGUACUCUGCACUCUGAAUGAACAGGAGGACGUCAGGAGGACCACGUGGACUGUAUGCUCUUUUGUAUCAAAAGAACACUAGAAACUGUUUUAGGUUAUUAAAUUAAAUGGGUUUAUUAUUUAAAUUUUUAUGAUGUAUGCUAUUUAUAGAAAACAUGUAUAUUUGUCUUAAAACUAAGUUUUAUUGUAAGAGUGUUGAUGAAUGCGAUUACUUGAAUGAUUUAUAUGGAGGUUUUUUGAAUAUAUUGUUUUUACUCAUGUAUUUACUGUGUUUGAACAAACCCUGAAGAAAACAUGCUAUGAAAAAUCAAUAAGGCUGGAAUAAAAGCA